AUGAGAUUAGAUUUACCGGCCGGCGAAGACUACACAGAACGUUUGCGCGGAUCGUGCAUGAUCAUCCCGGGAGACCCUCUAGCUGGAACCGGCAAGUUUUCUAUAGAUGUACAUAUCGAACUAUCUCACCGCAGUGAACCUGGCAAUAAUCUAAAAGAAAGCCUUCACAUCGUGCUCGUAAUCAUCGACAACCAUCAGCGGAAAAAAGGCAUCGGUCUUUUGCAAAGAUUAUAUCAACCGUAUUUUGGCAUGACAAUUUUCUGUGGAAGCCACAAUCUUCUGGAAUAUAUGGACGAAGGAGAGUUUCCAAAAAUUAUGUCUCCAUUCAAUUAUAUCCACGUAUCUCAAGUAGAGAUGGCAAAUGGGCGUUUCUUUCAUUACUGUCUCUCAAAAGUUGAGGAGCUAAAUUUGCGAAAUGUUGAAGGUUAUUUCUUUGCCGCAGAUGAUGCCAUCUUCAACUUUUGGCACAAGCUUGAUUUGAGCGAAAUUCUUUUCCCCUUUGCAGUUCUCAGGAAUGGAUGGUGGCCAACAAGCUAUGGUUAG